AUGGAGAGACAGGAAGGGGUGGGGGGACAGGAAGGGUGGAGAGACAGGAAGGGUGGAGAGACAGGAAGGGUGGGGAGACAGGAAGGGGAGGAGAGACAGGAAGGGGUGGAGAGACAGGAAGGAUGGAGAGACAGGAAAGGUGGAGAAAUAGAAGAGGGUGGUGUGGCAGGAAGGGGAGGAGAGACAGGAAGGGUGGAGAGACAGGAAGGGGAGGAGAGACAGGAAGGAUGGAGAGACAGGAAGGGAUGGAGGAAAACAGGAAGGGAUGGAGAGACAGAAAGGGGAGCGGAGACAGGAAGGGGAGGAGAGGCAGGAAGGGGAGGAGAAACAGGAAGGGAUGGAGAAACAGGUAGGGGUGGAGAGACAGGAAGGAUGGAGAGACAGGAAGGAGAGGAGAAACAGGAAGGGGUGGAGAGACAGGAAGGGUGGAGAGACAGGAAGGGUGGAGAGACAGGAAAGGUGGAGAAACAGGAAAUGAUGGAGAGACAGGAAGGGGGUGGAAAAACAGGGGGGAGAGAAACAGAGGGGUGGAGAGACAAAAGGGGGUGGGAAAACGGAAGGGGGGGAAACAGAAGGGGGAAAACCGGAAAGGGUGAAACCAAAAAGGGGGGGGAAAAGAAGGGGGAGAGACGGGAAGGGGGGGGCCCAGGAAUGGGAAAGGGGGGUUGGGAGAGAAGGAAGGGGUGGGAACAGAAGGGGAAGCGGGGGUGGAAACGGGAAAGGGGUGGAAGAAGAUGGUGGAGGAAGGGGAGGAAGGGGGGGAGAGACGGAAGGGUGGAGGGGGGAAAAAGAAGGGGGGGCAAAAAAUUUAAAACAGGAAGGGUGGGAGACGGGAAAGGGGAGAGACAAAAGGGGAUGGAGAACGGAAGGGGAGAGACGGAAGGGGGGAGACGAAGGAGGAAGAGGAAGGGGGGGAAAACGGAGAGGGAGAACGGAGGGGUGGAGAAAAGGGAAGGGUGGAGAGACGGGAAGGGGGGAGAACGGAAGGAUAAACGGGGAAGGGGUGGAGAACAGAAAGGGUGGGAGACGGGAAAGGGGUGGAAAACGAAGGGGGAAGGGAAAGGGGGAAAAGAAUGGAGAACAAAAGGGGGGGAAGACGGGAAGGGGGGAGAGCAGGAAGGGGAGAGAAAAGGAAAGGGGGAAAGGAUUUUCGGGAAGGGGGGAGAAAAGGGAAGGGGGGGGGAAACGGAAGGGUGGAAGACAGAAGGUGGAAAAGACAGGAAGGGUGGAGAGACAGGAAGGGUGGAGAAAAACAGGAAGGAUAGAGACAAAGGGGGGAACAGGAAGGGUGGAAAACCGGAAGGAUGA